AAACGGGACUGCGUGAGGUGUAGGUAGAGAGGCCGGCCGGCACCCUCGAGGAUGUGAUCAAAGGACACCAGACGCAAACAAACAUGGCGAUCACCCACAAGCUUGUCGGAGAUUCUCAAGAGACUAAAGAUGAUGUGUUGGAGUCAUCAGACAACUCUGACUCGGAGAGCAGCUCGGGCUCUAGCAGCAGCAGCCGGGCAAGUAGCAGGGCUGGGAGCAGGUCUCCGGUAGGUAAUCGCUCCCCAUCCCCGGCUGGCAGCAACAGGGGAAGGUAUCGUAGCGGGAGCCAGACCCCAGUAAGGAGCCGAGCGAGUAGGUCUAUCAGUGGUAGUCCAAGAAGUAGGGGAAGUGGAUCACCACAGAGUAAGGUAAAUUAUUCUCCCCCUGGCAGUCCUCAGAGCCGGGGAAGUGAAUCACCACGUAGUCAUGGCAGCAGAUCCCCAAGAAGCAGCCAACGGAGUAGGUCUCCAGCAGGCAGUCAGCACAGCAGAUCCCCAACUAUCAGUCACCGCAGCAGAUCCCCAACAGGCAGUCAGCACAGCAGAUCUCCAACAGGCAGUCACCGCAGCAGAUCCCCAACUGUUAGUCAUCGCAGCAGAUCCCCAACAGGCAGUCAGCACAGCAGAUCCCCAACAGGUAGUCACCGCAGCAGAUCCCCAACAGGCAGUCACCGCAGCAGAUCCCCAACAGGCAGUCACCGAAGCAGAUCACCAACAGGCAGUCACCACAGCAGAUCACCAACAGGCAGUCACCACAGCAGAUCACCAACAGGCAGUCACCACAGCAGAUCACCAACAGGCAGUCACCACAGCAGAUCACCAACAGGCAGUCAGCGUAGUAGGAGUGGUUCACCAAGAAGCCAGAUGAGUGUGUCUGGCUCACAUCCCAGGAGCAGAUCCAUUACUCCACUGAGAAGCAGAUCUGUUACUCCACAAAGGAGCAGAUCCAUCACUCCACGGAGAGACAGAUCCAUCACUCCACGGAGAGACAGAUCCAUCACUCCACUGAGAGACAGAUCAAUGACCCCACAAAGAAGUAGGUCUGGAUCCCCUGCUAGUAGAACACCGCUUGGAUCAACAGCUGGUAGUCUUACUCCUGUAAUGUCUCGAAGAGGUAGCAGGUCACCCUCUAGGUCUAAGAUGGACAGCGCAACACCUCUGGGUUCAAGAGCUGGGAGCAGAUCACCUGCUGAUUCCAGAGGUAGAAGUAGGACACCACAAGAUUCCAGGAGAGGCAGUAGAUCUCCUGCUGCAUCCCCACCAAGAUCAAGAACUGGCAGCAGGUCACCCAUCAGAUCAAGGACCGGGAGCAGGUCUCCAAGGUCGCCCGAUCCCUCUAGAGGAACCAAAUCACCUGACUCGAGGAGAGGCAGCAGGAGUCCAGCAUUAUCUCGGGGUGCCAGUAGGGCAUCUCCAGAAGGUAGUCAAGGGAAGAGGUCACCAAUGGGGAGCAGAAAGUCUGGGUCUCGGUCACGAUCAAGAUCACCUCUAGGCAGCGAUAAUGAAGCCAAGAAAGGUGGCAGUGACGCAAGGAAGCAGUCGGACGAGGACAGUGAUGUGGAAGUUGGAAGGAAACGUAAACACGUGACGAUGAGCGAUGAUUCAAACGACGACGCCCCAAAGAGAGCCAGAUCAGACGACGAAAACAUGGAUGAUGUUAAUGCAGAAGACCUGUUUGGUGAUGCCGACGACAUCAGUGACGACGAACAAGACAAGCGGAAUGAUAGCGAGCGUCGACGAUCGCGCUCUCGCUCACGUUCGCGUUCCAGGUCUCGUUCUCGCUCUCGCUCGAGGUCUCGGUCUCGAUCUCGCUCGCGUCAAGGAUCUCCGAGGCUAAUAGUGCCCGAUGAUGAGGACAAAGAAGAUGAGGGGCCUCCACCAGAGACCAGAAUUGAGGCGGAGAUUCCUAAAAUUAACACGGACUUAGGCAGGGACAUACACUUUGUUAAGCUACCUAACUUCCUCUCUGUUGAGACCAGACCAUUUGACCCAGAGCUGUAUGAAGAUGAAAUUGAUGAGGAGGAAACACUGGAUGAAGAAGGUCGGGCAAGGUUGAAGUUGAAGGUUGAAAAUACAAUGAGAUGGAGGACUGUGUUUGACAAGGAGGGGAAUGCGGUAAAGGAGAGUAAUUCCAAGUUGGUGCGGUGGUCUGAUGGCUCCAUGUCCCUUCACCUUGGCAAUGAAAUCUUUGAUGUAUAUGAACAACCCCUGCAGGGCGACCACAACCAUCUCUUCAUUCGUCAAGGAACUGGUCUGCAGGGUCAAGCAGUGUUUCGUACAAAGCUGACCUUCCGUCCACACUCAACCGACUCAUUUACCCAUCGUAAGAUGACGCUCUCCCUCGCUGACCGCUCACAGAAAACUAGCGGGGUUAAAGUGUUAUCAAAUGUCAUCCGUGAUCCAGAGAGCGCUCGUGUUGAGAGUUUAAGAAGAGACGAGGAUAGGCUAAGAGCUUCCAUGAGGCGUGAGAACAAGCAGAAGCGAGUGAGAGAAAAGGCCUCGAAUCGUGGCCUGUCGGCCAACUAUCUCGAGCCGGACAACUACGAGGACGAUGAUGAAGGCGGGAUAUCCCUGGCUGCCAUCAAGAACAAGUUUAAGAAGAAGCAAAAUGAACGUGCUCCAAUCUAUUCAUCUGAUGAGGAAGAGUCAGACAUUGAAACAGAUAAGGCGAAGAGGUUGGAAAGAGCCAAACACACACUCAGGGACUCUGAUGAUACUGGUAGUGGAAGUGACAGUGACAAGGACGACAGUGUCAAGGACGACAGUGGCAGUGAACAUAGCGGCACCGAACGUGGUAGUAGUAGGCAGAGCACCAGGAGGAGUGCCAGCAAGAGUAGGAGCCGUAGUAGGAGUAAGAGUAGGAGUCGCAGUAGGAGCAAGAGUAGGAGUGCCAGUAGGAGCAAGAGUGGGAGUCGAAGCAGGAGUGCCAGUCGGAGUAAGAGCAGGAGUCGAAGCAGGAGUGCCAGUAGGAGUAAGAGCAGGAGUAGAAGCAGGAGCAGAAGUAGUAGCAAGAGUAGGACUGGCAGUGAGAGUGGAGGUAAAUCAGGCUCAGGGUCUGACAGUGACUAGCACAGCAAGAACAAAGUUUAGUUUGAUAAUAUUAAAGCUGAUUAUGUCUCUCCCCCUUAAGUACUUUACUAGUAUACUUUACUUAAUACCGUACAACUUUAUCACAGUAAUAUCCACCUCUAACUAUUAUCUACCGAGUAAAUAAAUUUGAUUUUUCGUGAGAAUUGUGCAAUUUAUUUUCAUUACUUAUGAAGUUAUAGAUUUUUUUUGUGGCACCCUUAGUAAAUGUAUGUUGUCUAGUUGUUUAUAGGAGCGUUAGUAGCGAGUGGAUGAUGAGUGGAGUGUACGAGUGUGUGUUCUGGCCACCCACCACUAUAGUGGGAAUUGAACUGAAAAACAAAAAACAAAAACAAUUAUGUAUUCUAUAUUAAUGGAUAUUAGGCAUCAUUCUUGUAUCAUUGUUUCAACAACUGUUAUUUUAUGACUUGUUUGGUGAAUUGUAAGGAAAGUUCGUUCUUAGAUGCCAGCUUUAAAAGAUGACCGAAUAGGAACUUGACCUAGUGACCUGUGAGCCACCUGAUGGGGUCCAUGAGUCAAUCAAUGUACUGGUAGGAAUCCAGGGGAUAAUGUUCCUGAGAACUAUUCUUUCUUUUUAUAAUGGGAUGUCAAAAGGAAAAAACAUAUACUGUAUAUAAUUACAGUAUUUAUAUUUUAAAGUACCUACUGUAUGUCAUAUUUUCAGUUACCAAGUAUAGUUUUCUUACAUACAGGUACAGUAAUCAGUUUCCGGACUGAUAUUUUUGUCACAAACAUGAGUUGCCGAAACCCUUAGAGUUUCUUGUAAAUACCUUUACACGCUCACCGUCAAUCACCAUUAAACAUAAAAGAGCAGUAAUUGGGCGCAUUAUGUUGAAACAAUUUACCUUUGAAAUAUUUAUUUUAAUAAAUAUGUAAGUUGA